AUGGGAUUCUCCCGGCGGCCGCCUUUGACGAAGCAUGCCCCCUCUCUCGGGCAUAGUUCUGGUGAGAAGUGCGGGCCGUUACCCCAAAUCCUGAAGAAGAAAGGGGGGAGGGGAAGGAUGCAGCGCCCGCGGGCCUUCCCAGGCAGCGCCCAGACCUGCAGUGGGCAAAUGCGCCUUCAUUGGCGACUUCGAUGUUCUCCACGAUGCCUCCUCACUGCUUCGCUUCCGGGGGGUCUUCUUUUGCGCCGCUCUUCUCGGCGGGCUUUGCGCAGCCUCGGGCCCAGGGGCCGGGGGUGGCCCCCGCUCGCUAGGGCAGAAUCGCGCCUGCAUUCGCCCUACGCCCUGCAGGCGGGCGGCCCGGCGGAAUGUGACGCGCGUUCUGGGUGUUCCGCCAUGCCUUAUGAGGGCGGCAAACUUCUGCAAACAUUAAAAUGUUGUGGGGGAACCCUUGCGCGCGGCUGUCGCGCUGGAUGUCUGGCGGUGGGGGCUGGCCUCUUGACGCUGCUGCAGGACCUCCCCCCGAAAAAAAAUAAAAUAAAUAAAAUAACGCUUGAGUUAUGGCGGCCUUCGCGGCCCACACGCCCCCGCCACGCGCCCUUGAAAAGGGGCCAAGCUGAGUAA